AUGGCAACGGCUGUUGACAAGCAAUACACCACAAUAAUCUUUGCCCAAUCUAAGUUUUGGUACGUAGUUGGCUCAGGCCUAGCUGCUGGUGCUGGUACAGAUGGUUGUGGUUCGGCUUCGGGGGCAGCUGAAAAAGCAGUUCAAGAGGAUCCGCCGUCGGUAAAAAGACAAGAAUUCUCUGCAAUUCCUGAUGUGAAAUGGGCAGAUGUUGGUGGUGAUGCUUUGAGGCACGAACUUAAUCUUCAUAUAGUCAAUCGUAUUAAGUAUCCUGAGUUCUAUGAGGAAUUUGGAAUGAAGCUAGAGACAGGUUUUCUGCUCUAUGGGCCUCCAGGGUGCGGUAAAACAUUGAUCGCGAAGGCUGUUGCUAAUGAGGCAGGAGCUGACUUCAUUCACAGUAAGGGCCCUGAACUUCUGAAUAAAAAGUGGGAAGAAAGUGAGAAGGCAGUUCGGACAUUGUUUAGUCGUGCAAGGGCGUGCACACCAUGCAUACUUUUCUUUGAUGAGGUGGAUGCUUUGACAAGAAACCGAGGGGAACAAGGAGUAGAGAUUGUUGAGAUUCUAUUGAACCAGUUACUUGUAGAGUUGGACAGUGGAGAGAAGCGGAAGGGUGUAAUUGUAAUUGGUGCCACUAAUAGACCGGAUCAAAUGGACCCUGCCGUCUUACGACCCGGAAGAUUUGGUAAGCAUAUGUAUGGCCCCCUGCCCAAUAAAGAUGAGCGUGGCUUCAUCUUAAAAGCUCUUGCAAGCAACAAGCCUAUAGAUCCCAGUGUAAAUCUAAGUGAGAUUGGACAAAGAAGCGCUUGUGAAAAAUUUACUAGAGCUGAUCUUGCUGCACUGAUGCAUGAAGCUGCUAUGGCUGCUGUUGAAGAGAAACUAACGUCACUUGCGAGUUGGGGUUCAUCUCCAUGCAUAAUCAAAGGAACUCACUUUGAGCAAGCACUGGCGAAAAUCACACCCUCUCUAAGCGACGAGGAUUUGCUAGACUACGAGAAUUUCCGAAAGCAACAGGGCAAAUGGACUUCAAAAGGAGAAAAUUUGAGGCAAGAAGCAAGAAGAGAGUAA